UGGGUGGUGGCAGGUUGUGAGCGGGUCUACGGGACCGAGGAGGGCGGACCAGGUUAUGGGCGCGGAGUCCCAGGACCUAGAGUUCGUGUUACCAUGUGUCCAUACUUCGAGCUGAGGGGAUUGCGAUCACAUAGACUCUGAUAGCGUUUUCUCCUGCUCUUUUCCUCCUCCGUGGUGCUGUGUUCCGGUGUUGGAUGCCAUGGAAGGGACGCUGGGGAGAUGCAGAGCAUUGUCCAGGCUGGCCACCUGCAGCCCCCAGCUCUCCACAUCCUAUCACCGUCGGUAUCACCACUGUGCCAUGGGGAGAGGGCAGCGCCUGCUACUGUCCCACAUGUUCCAGCCACAGAACCUGCGGGAAGACCAGGUGCUGUCCCUGGAAGGCAGGCUUGGCAACCUGACCUGUAAGAGCCAGCGGCUGAUGCUGCAGGUGGGUUUGAUUCUCCCAGCAAGCCCUGGCUGUUACCACCUCCUGCCCUAUACAGUCCGUGCCAUGGAGAAGCUGGUGCGGAUGAUAGACCAGGAGAUGCAGGCUAUUGGAGGCCAGAAAAUCAACAUGCCCAGCCUCAGCCCAGCUGAGCUCUGGCAAGCCACCAGCCGCUGGCAGUUGAUGGGCAAGGAGCUGCUGAGGAUUAGAGACAGGCACGGCAAGGAAUACUGCUUAGGACCAACUCACGAGGAAGCUGUUACGGCCCUGGUCGCCUCCCAGAAGAACCUGUCCUAUAAACAGCUUCCGUUCCUGCUAUACCAGGUGACAAGGAAGUUUCGGGAUGAGCCCAGGCCCCGCUUUGGUCUUCUCCGUGGCCGAGAAUUUUACAUGAAGGAUAUGUACACCUUCGACGCCUCCCCAGAGGCUGCCCAGCAGACCUACAGCCUGGUGUGUGAUGCCUACUGCAGCCUCUUUCAUAGGUUGGGGCUGCAGUUUAUCAAGGCUCAGGCAGAUGUGGGCAGCAUCGGGGGCACCAUGUCUCAUGAGUUCCAGCUGCCAGUGGAUAUUGGGGAGGACCGGCUUGUCAUCUGUCCCAACUGCAGUUUCUCAGCUAAUAUGGAGACUCUAGACUCACUACAGACAAACUGCCCUGCCUGCCAGGGCCCUCUGACCGAAACCAAAGGCAUUGAAGUAGGGCACACAUUCUACCUAGGUACCAAGUACUCCUCCAUUUUCAAUGCCCAGUUUGCCAACAUCCAUGGUGAAUUGUCCCUGGCUCAAAUGGGGUGCUAUGGGCUGGGUGUGACACGGAUCUUGGCUGCUGCCAUUGAAGUUCUCUCUACAGAAGACUGCAUCCGCUGGCCCAGCCUUCUUGCCCCUUACCAAGUCUGCCUCAUCCCUCCUAAGAAGGGCAGCAAGGAGGCAGUGGCCACGGAGCUGAUGGAGCACCUGCAUGAUCACAUCAUAGAAGGGGCCUCUCAGCUUCGAGGGGAGGUUCUGCUGGAUGACCGGACCCAUCUGACCAUUGGAAACAGACUGAAAGACGCCAACAAAUUUGGCUACCCCUUUGUGGUAAUCGCUGGCAAGAGGGCCCUGGAGGAUCCUGCGCAUUUUGAGGUUUGGUGCCAGAACACUGGUGAGGUGGUCUUCCUCACCAAAGAAGGAGUCCUGGAACUCCUGGCCCAAGUUCACGUUGUCUGAGUGCCCUGUGCUGUCGCUAACACUGCAUUUCCUACCCCUUCCCUGGGCAUUGCUGCAGAAACAGUAGCUCAUGAAGGUUACACCAUCAUAGCGGAACCAAUUUUUAUCCACUCAUUUGCUCAUAUUAUUUGUAUUUAAGAUCAUUAACCUGAUCACUUUCUCCAGGCUCCCCAUGCUGCCAUAUGCGAGUCCUUUGUGGAAGCUUCUUUCAGGAGUCUGAAGCAAGAAAGAGACUGAGUUCUAAUCUUGGCCCUUGGGCAAGUCACGUCCCCUCUCAGGUGAGUUCCUCAUGUGUUGGACAGGAAUGGCUGACGGCCAGGGCUCCCCUCACCGCACCCAUCCUGCCAAAGUCUACCAUGAGCCUUGUUCAGGGAGCAGGGCUGCCAGCGCUCCCCACCAAGAAGUUAAGAAUCAGGAGAUCUGCUGCCCUGCUGCAGGCUCAGUUUCCCUAUCUGUAACCCAAGAGAAUAUAACUAGAUUUGUGAAGUCCUCACAGCUCCCUGCAAAGCUAAUAGAAUGGCCUGGUGGCCUAAAAAGUGCCUCCAGAGUCCCGGCCCUACUGAGGUAGCUGAAAUGUUGACAUCAUGUUCUGUUGAUUAAAUAAAGUCAAACUGUUGGAAUGAGCCUUUCAUGUUAAUUCGAAACAUGAAAUAUUGACUAUUUUAACAGCACCCAAUGACUUACUGCUUUUUCAUUCUGUUUCUGCUAUUUUGACACAAAAAAAGGAGCAGGGCAGGUGGAAAAUUGUUUCAAACCAUUUCUCCUCACAAGUAUUGGGCAGCGGGCUUCCACCCACAGUAACCUUGUCCUGGGUGCAGAAUUGGAUCCCAGAGCCACACUGGGGGAAUCUGUCUGUGAAUUUUGUGGGAAGCUGGCAGCUAGCCUGAGCUACCACCACAAUGCUCCCUAUUUUAGUUCUGUCUGCUAACUUAGGAACAUAACCCACAAGUCCACCCUAACAGGAAUCUGUCAAGGCCAAGCCAAAGCCACCUGAAACCCUGCCUGACAACUCCUAGAAUUGAUUCUUCCCUCAGUGCCUCUCACAGCACUGAUCACACUGCUGCUCGUUCUGCAGUCACAGAGUCCGGGGUCUUGUCUAUCUUUGUGAACUCAAGGCCAGGGCCCUGAGCACAUUCCCAGGGCACCACAAGACCUGUCUUGAACAACUACCCCACCUGUGACACACCUGACAGCUGUUCCUGCCCCUGAUGUGAUGCUAGAGCACCCCCACCCCCAGCACACCCCAUCGGCUUUCUUAAGUGAAUGUAUCUAUCAACCCUGCAGGGCUCCCAGGACUCCUUUUGGAGCUCCAGAUCCCAUUGAGUCCUUCAGAUUCUCAGGCCAGAGAGCAAACUUAUGCCAGAUCACCAGGGGCAGGGGUUUGACCUUACUGCGUGGUGGAAUCACCUGGGUUCUCCACAGAGACUCUGGUCCCAUGGAUGUGGGGUAUGAGGGAGGGUUCCUGGUAUGAGAGCCGCUGCCUUGACUCACUUUGUUGUUGGGCAUUUCCUUGGGUGGUCUUAAGUGGGAUGUUUACAGACUAAUGCCAGCUCUCUCUGCUUUUAAAGGUUUAGUUGUUGGGGGCUGUCAUGUACCACUGUGCUGCAAGGCAUUCUUACAUACUGUGUCCAGUCCUUGAAAUCAUGCACGCCAAGUGCUGCCAUUUUAUAGAUAAAGACACCUGAGGCUCCCACUAAGCAACUGACUCAAAGACGCUCUGCUGAUAAAGAGCCAGAAUCUGGGCAUGGGCCAAAUCUGGCUUUCCCCGCUACACUGCUUAGCCUUAGAAUUCAUGCAAAUGAUCAUUUAAUCUUUUUUUUUCUUUUACCUUUAAAUGUGUACUCAAUAUAUUUAUAGAAGGCUAGCCCAAUGACACUUUAAAAAACCAGAUGCCAGGAACAGAAAUCCAUUUCAUUUAAAACUCCAUAAAUGUGUGUGUCCUGGGCUAACGUGAUGAUGUAGAAUCCUGGAACUUGAGAACAGAGAACUUGGAGCAAGCUUCUCCAGCACUGGAUCACAGAGGGGAAGCAGCCUGGGGCAGGCGGGUACUACCACUCUCUUACCAUCUGAUUGGUGAAGGUCAAGUGGGCACCACUGCCUGCUGAUCAGCCCUGCUACAGGAAGAAAAUGGGCUGGCACAGCCUUCAGGAUGCCAGUGCCCCAGAAACUGCUGAAAUUGGUACCUGUCCCUCUUAAUUUUAUAACAUGAGACAACACAGGAGAACAGUGAUUUACCCAAGGUCAGGCUGAAUGAAACUUGAGUGUCCCGAUCAUAAAGCUAGGGUUUCUUCAAGUAGCCAGGAGCAGUGUUGUUUGGGGGAAGCUUAGAGCCUUGAAGAGACAUAAUCAACAAUCCUAGAUUUACUGUUUACAGGGGACGUAACUGGAGACACUGCUUGUCCUCUGCGCAUCUCAGAUUCUUCCCUGGUCAAUGCUUGUGCUAAUGGUGCCUGCCUUGUAGGGUGGUCUGGGCUGACAGAGCUCACUUAUGUGACAUGCUUGACCCUGCAACUGCACUUUCCUCCAGGAACUUAGGCAUUGCUGUAAACUUUGUUAUCUCGAGACCUGGAUCUUGUUUUCUUGAUAGGAUGAUUUAUAGCCUUCCUGGGAAAACCAUGAGCAAGAAUUAGGGAAUACCCACAGAAUGGAUUCAUCUCAGAGGAAAGAGAAAUAUUCAGUGUACCUUACUUUCUCAUUUCUGAACUUGCCGAUUUUACCUCUUGCCAUAAAUUCAUGAAAUGGGGAUGCUGGCAAAAUAACAGGUACAGGCCAUAUUCUCAUUGCUCGUUCCUUGGGGAGACAUAGGCAACUGGCUGGGAUAUAGCAGAAUUAAUACUUGGGGACAAAGACUGGUGCCUAACAAACUCAUCAUGUAAACCAAGCUGAGAAUGUAAAUCAAGGGCUCCAUUAAUAUUCUGUUUUAAUGGAAGAAACACCUGCUGGGCUAUCAAUAAAAGAAAGAACU